AUGGAACCGGCACGGCCUCGCAUUCCAAACAGAGAAGGGGAGCAACCUCAUCCCUUCGGGGCCUACGUCUAUCCAACACCACAUGGACACGGUCAUGAGACUGCAGCCCAGCGCUACAGUGCUACAAGAAUCCAAGCAGGAUAUGAACCAGAGAGCAUGGCAGACUAUUUGAUCAGUGGAGGCACAGGUUAUGUUCCUGAAGAUGGAUUAACAGCACAACAACUCUUUGCAAUCGGUGAUGGACUAACAUACAAUGACUUCCUGAUCCUUCCCGGUUUCAUAGAUUUUAUGUCUGAUGAAGUGGAUCUAACCUCUGCAUUGACAAGGAAGAUAACUCUGAAGACACCUCUUAUUUCAUCUCCCAUGGAUACAGUCACAGAGUCAUCUAUGGCCAUUGCCAUGGCACUGAUGGGAGGGAUUGGAAUAAUUCAUCAUAACUGCACUGCUGAGUUUCAGGCCAAUGAGGUGCGCAGAGUCAAGAAAUUUGAGCAGGGUUUUAUCACAGACCCGGUGGUAAUGAGUCCCAGACACACAGUGGGGGAUGUGUUUGAGGCAAAGACACGCCACGGUUUCUCUGGGAUCCCUGUUACAGAGACCGGCAAGAUGGGCAGCAAGCUUGUUGGUAUAGUAACCUCCAGAGACAUAGAUUUCCUGUCUGAGAAGGACCAUGACAGACCCCUGGAGGAGGCAAUGACCAAAAGGGAAGAUUUAGUUGUUGCACCUGCUGGGGUCACUCUAAAAGAAGCUAACGAUAUUCUGCAACGUAGCAAGAAAGGUAAGCUUCCCAUAGUGAACGACAGUGAUGAACUGGUUGCUAUCAUAGCAAGGACUGACUUGAAGAAAAACAGAGAUUAUCCCCUGGCUUCCAAAGACUCACGCAAACAGCUUCUGUGUGGAGCUGCCAUUGGUACAAGGGACGACGACAAAUACAGACUUGAACUGCUCAUACAAGCUGGGGUGGAUGUGGUGGUACUGGAUUCCUCCCAAGGAAACUCGGUGUACCAAAUUAACAUGAUAAACUACAUCAAACAAAAAUAUCCUGAACUACAGGUAGUGGGAGGAAAUGUGGUGACAGCUGCUCAGGCUAAAAACCUUAUAGAUGCCGGUGUGGAUGCUCUGAGGGUGGGCAUGGGGUGUGGCUCCAUCUGUAUCACCCAGGAAGUGAUGGCAUGUGGACGACCUCAAGGUACUUCGGUGUACAAGGUUGCAGAGUAUGCCCGACGUUUUGGAGUGCCAGUAAUCGCUGAUGGAGGCAUUCAGACUGUCGGACACGUGGUGAAAGCCCUGGCCCUGGGAGCAUCUACAGUGAUGAUGGGGUCACUGCUUGCAGCAACCACUGAAGCACCAGGAGAAUAUUUCUUCUCAGAUGGCGUGCGCUUGAAAAAGUACAGAGGAAUGGGCUCCUUGGAUGCCAUGGAAAAAAAUAACAGCCAGAAACGCUACUUUAGUGAGGGAGAUAAGGUGAAGGUGGCUCAAGGUGUCUCAGGAUCAGUCCAAGAUAAAGGCUCCAUCCAUAAGUUUGUUCCUUAUCUCAUCGCUGGUAUUCAACAUGGCUGUCAGGAUAUAGGAGCCAAGAGUUUGUCCAUCUUAAGGUCAAUGAUGUACUCUGGUGAGCUGAAGUUUGAGAAAAGAACCAUGUCUGCUCAGAUGGAGGGAGGAGUCCACGGCCUCCACUCAUAUUCUUUUGUGCCAUUUAUGAGAAGCGGCUUUACUGAGGCUGGAGGAAGAGGAAACAAUCGAUCAGGACCAGACAUACCAGCCCCAGCAACUCUGAGCAGAUGCAGUGGGCGCAUGUGAUCAAACUACAAACUGCAAAGAGAAGUCAUUGUACAAAAUCUAUUGCAAAGUCUGCAUUUCUGUCUACCCCUCUUGUUUUGUCUGUCUUACCUCUGACCACAUCAAAAACAUUUAAAAAACACACUUUACUCCGAGUCUUACUUUGAAAGAGGAGCCACAUGGAUUAAUGGACGCAACUGUAUGUGACCUCCUUUAUCUGUCUUUCUCUCUCUCUGUGUGGCCAAGGUGUAGUGGGGGUAAAGUCAUUAACUAUUGGGUUGAUCCCUGUUAACAAGCAAACAUAUUUCAUUUCCUAUGUAUGUGUCAUGGUUAAACUGCAGAGGCCUAUGUCUUUGUUGGCCUUUCUGGAAUGAUUUGCAACCCUGUGGUACAGAGGAGUACACAUCAAACCUUGCAGAGGUUCAGUCCAGGAAAUGAGACAUUCAAAAAUUCUGCUGAUAGUAGAAGCAGACUCGAGAAGUGUAAGAUAACUUAUAAUUACGUAUAGACAUACAAUUGUCUUGUCUGCAACCUUGUGUGUAAAGCUACAGACUCGGGAGGAAUUUUGCAGUAUCGCAUCUAUAUUUCUGUUAUGUUGUCAUUAUUCUCACACUGCAGUAAUUAUAUUUUGUCAAAGAAUGUUUAAUGUCAUCUCUCUCAGGUAAAAAUAUGCCUGUUACCCAAACAACUAAUCUCACCCUGAGCCAAGAAGCUCUCUGAAUGUGCUGCACGGCUGCAGAAAGAACAUAAGCUUAAAAUCAGCCUUAACUAGUAUACAGAAUCUAUAACAAAGAGAGUCUUCAUGUAUAAUCUCAUUUUUGAUUUUCCCCCUGUGUAUCCUCUCCGGAAAGGAAAAUGUUGUAUUAAGGAGUAUUAAGACAAAAGACUUUCAACACAUUUCAGUACUUUCAUUUUAAUAUUCUAUAUCACCCCCAUGUUUAAAGAAACAAUACAAAUAAGUCAAAUUGGCUUGACACAGUAUGAUCUUCUAUAAUUUUAUUCAGAAAAAAAUAUUAAAAUUAAUUGCUUAUUGAAUGGUACAUAAAGAUAGUUUUUUUUUUUCAAUUUUUGGAUCAAAAUUUGAAGAAGAAAAUGAAAGGUGUGGCUCAAUGAAAUAGGGCUAUUGAGUCAGUGGAAAGGCCCAAGUUCUAUUAUAUUUGUUUAUAGAGUUGUAGACAAAAUGUUUCUAUUGUGAUUGAUUGUCUUUGUGAAAAUACUCAAUGUCUUUGACUUUAAAUACAGUUUGUAGCUCUAUUAUGAAUUCUGGACCUUACAGUGAUGUAGCCAAGAUACAGACUUCUUUCUAGAGGCCUACAGAAAAUACCGAACAUACAACUGUCUACUUCUGUCACCUAAAUGCAGAUUUAUAUUUACUGUAAAUAGUGUUGAAUGAAUAAAGAU